GGAUCAAUGUAUAGUUACAUCAAAACAUAAAUAUUUUCGUUGACUUGGUAUUUUUUAAUUUCGAUUAUUUUUAAUUAAUAAUGAGUGUACGCGAGGAAGACAGGCAGAAAACGGGAUGCACUGGUCGCGGCCUUGGGAUCGCGGCCGCGGUCGGUGUCGGCGUUGGUGCUGCUUUGUAUUACUUCUUAAGCAAAAGGCCUGAGCAACCCGAUACUGAGGGUUCCACCAGUUCUGCGUGGGCAUACAACGAUCACAGUGCUUUCCCAUUAACAGAUAGAAUGGACUCGGAUAGCUAUUCCACGAUAUCAGAACACAGCACUUCCGAUACAAGCAUAAUAGAAGACUCGAUGCCGGAUACAAGUAUUUCUAGCUGCCGUUCAGAAUCUACGAAUAGCGUAUCAAGUGAUCAAGAUAUGUCUAACACUGAAGAUACACAUUCACCUUCGAACAAUGACACCAGAGGUUCAGGUUCGAUCUAUUCAGAUGACGCUGAAGAAUCUGAUGACGACACAACGUACGAUACUGAUACGUCCAUUUCUGAAAUCAGCGACUUAGAUGAGUCACAUGAGAACCGGAGUGUGACCCUCGAGACAGGGUAUCUGUCGUUUCAAAACGUCGAGGAAAGAGUGGAUUCUGAUUCCGAUAUUCAAAUGGAAUGGGACAUCACUAAUUCUUCUAUCGAUGUGCCCUUUGAGGAGAGACGGUCUCCGUUAAUGAUGUUUUUUAGUGGAUUAACGCAUAUGAUAAGUCCAAGGAGAAAAGCGGAAGACAGCCAGAUAAAUAGGCUCAGGGAUGAGCACUUCCGUAAGCGCUCGUGGUCGUUGGAAGAAUGCUCCAUCUGCUUCGAGAUCAUGCUGAAGGAUCAGGAGCUGAUGGCCCUACCGUGCACCCACAAUUUUCACUCGCAGUGCAUCAUGCCCUGGCUUCAGGAGAAACAGACGUGCCCCAAUUGCCGGAAGGACGCCUGAUCGAAGGUGAUAAAGGAAGUAAAAAGCGCUGACUGGAUCAAUGUUUUUUUUUGUUAUUAAUAACGUAAAAUAAAAUGAUAGUAUUUUUUUUUUGUAAUUUUUAUUAUAACUUUUUUUUAUAAGACGAAUUAAUUUGUAAAAUAUAAAAAAAACGGUGUAAAAAAGAACUUAUCAGCUGCUUCGCUUGCUAGAACGAUUUGUAUCAUGAACCAUAUUAUUUGCAGUAGGAGUUAAACACGAAAAGGACAAUCUACCUGACAUCUCAAGGUCUAAAUUUGCGUGCGAUAUCAUCUAAGUACCUAGAAUAGACUUUGGUCUGAUUAUCUACAGUAAUAAAAAAGAAAACUGCUUAAAAUAUUUACCCAGAUAUCGAAUGCUGAAAGGUUAUUUGGUCUAAGCGACAAUUCGCUCAUUUAUCUUUGUAAUUAAAGGUCCGUUUGUAUUUGAUAUUAGCAUCAACAAUUUGAUGUUUUUAAUUGAAUCUCAAUUGAGUUUACUCCAUUCCAAAAAAGCUAAAGAAGUUUUUUUUGUUGUUAUGAUUUGUUUUUCCGAAUUUUUAACCUUUAGCUCUCCUGUAAAGUAGCAAAUUUACUUCAACUUUUUCCUCACAAAAGUUUCAUUUUUACCCUCCAAAAUUUCAUUUUACCCCAUUUGGGGGUAAUUUACCCCGGCUCCCCGACCGCUGUUCUAAAGCAUCGUGAUGGAAUUCAGCCUCAGAAUCACUUCCCCCUUUAUCGGUUCCAAAAUCCACUGCUUCUCCAAUAUGACUGUGUUUGAUCGCGUUAUAUGUCCAAAGAGAAUUGGUUGAUUUUCUCGCUCUAUGAGAGGCAAGUCGUAGUUUUGAUGCAAGAGCCCUUGUAGAAUCGAUCUCUUUAUGGCAGCUUCCAUGGUGCCCUCAGAUUCCCCUCCUAAUAGAGCCUUUGCUCGCCCAUCUGUCCUGGUGAAAUUGGAAAUCCAAGCAAUAAUCCUUCAAUCGUAAAAAAAAAGUUAGUCUCUAAAAGUUAGUCUUUAGCGGUAGGCAGCGGCUUGGCUCUCCCCAUGGCAUUGCUGAAGUCCAUGGGCGACGGUAACCACUCACCUUCAGGUGGGCCGUGCGCUCGUCUGCCUACAAGGGCAAAUAAAAAUAAAAAAAAACUGCACCAAAUUUCAAAAGCCCGUAUUUCGUUCAUAUCUCGACUUUUGAGGCUCCUUGUUUCGAUGACUUCCUACAAACAUUUGUCUGUUAUGUUUGAUAGACAAAAUAACACUAGAUACGUUCCAACAAAAUAUCUCUGCUGUUUUGCGAAACAGUAUGAAACUGUAGACGUCAAUACAAUAAUAAUUGUAAAUAGACAUGCUUUAACAAAAACUGACUUCAAAUAGAAAAAAAAAAGAUAUUCCAAAACAAAUUAAUACACACUAAAAGCAAUAAUCAUCGAAAUCGGUUGGUGUGAUAUUGAGUUAAUGAGCUAUUCAUUUAUUUGUCGCGCACGUAUUUAAUGCAAAUUUAAGACUUAUGUAUAUGGUCUUCUCAUGGGUACCAUUAUCAGAUCUGGACUAAAUUGAAAUGAGACCACACGGGAAAUAUCAGCUUUCUAAUAAAAAAAGAAUCAUCAAAAUCGAUUUACCCAGUCAAAGUUAUGAGGUAACAAACAUAAAAAAAACAUACAGUCAAAUUGAGAACCUCCUCCUUUUUUGAAGUCGGUUAAAAAGGCAGAUUUUUUCUGAAUGAAGCAUCUCAACUAUGCCUGUAUGUGAUUUUUACGUAUUAUACAUGAAAAAAAUGAACAGUAAAAUUUCGGUUAUUCCCAUUUAUUGUGUGUUCAUAGUGCAUAGUGUAAUUUUCUAAAAAUUUUUAAACAAAAAUUUCGUUAUCGUGUUCUAGAAAUACUGUGUUAUGAGAGGGUUUUGUGGAAAUUUUCUUUUCGUGUUAGAGUGGAAGCAUGUUGUAAAAUACCGUGCUAUAGAAGGUGUUAACUGUAAUAAGAAAUAUCAGAAUCGCACAGUAAAAGCCAGCCAGUAAAAUAGACAAAAAAAUCUAAAAUGAGAAUGAAAUACGGCAUAGAUAUAUUAUUUAUAAAAAUAUAUAGAAAAAGUAUAUGUAAUCGUUCCAAUAGAUCUGUAAAAUAGUAUCUAGUCAUUUGUCUCGAUUCUUCUUUAGAACAAAUGCAAUUGUUUUUUUUUGCAAACACCUAGGUUACAUAUUUUUAAUUAAGACCUCAUUCAGUAAUUGAAUUUCAGUCCGUUGUUCGUCGCACUAUUGGGAAUUUAAAGAUUAUAAUUAUUUGUAACAAUAAAAAUUAAAUUAUUUUGAUAAUGUUUCAUUUUAUGCAAUAAGGAAAAUAAAAGGUGUCACGCAUUAAACUCAAAGUUUUUAAUAAAUUGAGGAAGAUAUUCGUUUGCCUAAGAGAGGAGUUCCCGCCAAAUUUGCUGUCAGUCAAAUAGAAACUCUUUGUUUAUUUAAGAGAACUAAAAUGCUGGUUUGAUUCAAAUAUUCCAAAAAUUAUCUACAUUUAUCUACAUCUUUUAAAGAAUCCUUUGCCGAUACGGUACGUUAAUAAAAAGGUACUUGUACAGCAAAUUUGUGGAUUAACUUUUUUUGUCUAAUUGAUUAAUUGUCUCCAUAUCAAAGUAAAAUUUUCAUUCGCAUCGAUAAUUAAAUUAAAGUUGAUGUUAUAAUAUCGUUAAGACUAUAUUUAUAUAUACGAAAUAAAUUAUUAGAAAUUAUAAUUGAAAACGUUUGCUAUUGCUCAAUUAAAAUAAAGAUUUAAUUAAAAUA